GCAGCAAAAGAAGCCUUAGCAUUAAUCGGGCCGUUUAAAAUAAGGCGAAACUGAAAGGAGCUUCAGCAUCAUGUUGCAUCAUCAUCGUUGUCCUCCUCAUCAUCUGCCUGGAGCCACACCGCCUGCGCUCAAAACUGCACGGAGCCGCCGGCUGAGCAGCUCAGUCUACACAGCAUCAGCAGGUCACCAAGCACAGGUCAGAGCCCAGGUGAGCCAGGCUGGAGCAUCCUGCAAGGCUGGAUGUGUGCUGAUCCUUACUGAAACAUGCCUUUACUGUUCAUGGACACCGGGUGUGAUCUCAGCAGCCCCUGUGGCUCCCUGUCAGCCGAUGAAUGCAGCAGCAGCACCUCUGCUCUGGAGAGAGAAGGAGAGGGGAAUAAGCCUCGGCCUAGGGUGACAAAAAGACGAGAAAAGAACAGAGACGCGGCAAGAAAGAGCCGGUAUAAACAAACGAAGAGAGCUGAUGAGCUGCAUGAGGAGCUACAGCAUCUUGAGCAAUCCAAUUCAGCUCUACGGAAGGAGAUCGCAACUUUAAAGAAAGACCUCUGCUUCUACGAGACAUCUCUGGAACACCACAAACCUCACUGCCGCCUAAAAGAUCCCGCUUUGUCCCCAGCUGGAUGCAAAGCAAACCCCAGUUCUUUUCAGGCGUCCAACCUGCCUCCUAUAAAAACCAGUGUUGGUUUCAACACUUUCAUCAACGCUAAAAAGACACAUCUCUCAUCUUUACUUUCUUCAAAAACAACAACAGGACCAGCAGCUGCCUCUUCAAAUAAACUCCUCGUUACCUCCACCUCAUCCUCAUCAACUUCCCCUUAUUCCGUGUCUUUCUCCACACACCCAGCUCCUCAUUCAUUGUUUUGUAACACUCCUCUGAUCCCAGAUGCCAGCUUUAGUCCCUGCACAGCAGCUCAGAUUCUGACUAAAAAAGUCCACACAAUCUCCUCAGCAAAGGAUGCAGUUUUGGGAAACCCAGAAUCCUCAUUUUCAACUGAACCUACUUUGUACUCCCAUUCCUCCCCUCCAGCGGUCCAAGACACAUGUUUACCACAGAAAAGCAGUCAAAGGAAUGCGUGUCAGUUGCCUUUAUGUAAGUUCAGUGGAAACGGUGCUCCUCCUCAAACUCCUACCCCUCCGUCUCCUUUGGUACCUUCUCCUGCUCCUUAUUUUACCUCCAUGCAAAGUCACAUUCAACAUGGUUCACCUGGUGCUGAGUCUCUGCUCUCCAUGCUCACUGUUCCCAGUCCUCUGAAUCACAGUCUGACUACCUCCAGCAGCUUUAACCAAUCUUUCUCCCAACCGGCACCAGAUCCUCCUGGAGACAUACCUCUUUCUGAACUCCUGAAAGACAAUGAGUGGAUCCUUGGAGGGCUUGGUGACAAUAGCUUCUUAUAAAGAGACUUCAUUUUAUUACACUGUGAGUUAUCCAGCUAGCUGGAGGGAAAUGAGAGACACCAAAUAUUCCAGCCCUCAACUAAUAAAAGGUAAAUUAAGCUUUUCAUAAAGCUGUGCAAAGCUUUAAAUAAUUUAAUUAUGUGAUGCUGCAAGCGAGUUUUUGUGAGCUUCCUUUCGGGCUUGUUAUUUUUUUGUACUUAUGUUUUUAGUUUAUUCAGUUGUUUAGCAACUUGAUCCUGACCUAACCACAAAAAAACAUAACUAUAUGGGCCUCAAUACUGAAAGUUCACAAUGGACCCUUUAUUUAAACUUAAUAAAUGGGCUUUAAGCAGUUUAGAAAGACAAACAGAUAGCAGCUGUGUUUUAAAUGUGUAGUUAUUCUUAAAUGGACAAGAUCCCCAUAUGGGUCCUGUUUUAACCUGACCUGUUGGUCAUCAUACUUAAUUAGGUCUUAUAGCAUGGGGCUGUUAUGUAAUGUACAAAUAAUCCCAACAGAUAUCAUAUCAUUUUCUAGCCAAGUGGGCCCUAUAAUCUGCAUCCCUGGUAAAAAAAAAAAAAAAAA